UCCACUGGCUCGCUCGGUGCUGAAGUUGGGCGGAUGGACGGAAAACACCACUGAUGGAGAUAAAACGGCAGCAUGCAAUCUCAACCCGUGAUACCCCCGAUAUCCGCAUAAACACGUGUAACGACACGCUUAUAGAAGACUGACAUCUAGAACAAAAGGGAUGUCUUAUCCUGGAUGAUUUAGCCCUUGACUCAAGGAAAGGGUGUGCCUGCAAAUACCAGGUGUUUGAAACCUACCUCCACCCACCUCCCGCAUUCUCCAUCAGGCAUGAUAAGAGAAGAUACAAGAGGCCACAUUUUGUUUUCCUGCGCUCUGCCUGUCUCAACAUUUGACAUUACAGUCAUGAUUUUCUUACCUGGUCUUCGGAUGGAUCGCUGCUAAUUUGCAUGCCGCAGAGUGUGAGUGGAGUUGAAAUGAGGAAAAGGCAGCAGGGACGCAUUGAAGGACCCCCACAGGCGCCUGGUCACCCGAGGCCCAACACCUGCUGUCUGUGCUGGUGUGGAUGCUGCAAAUGCCUCUGGAAUGAAGACAGAAGGGAACGUUCAGAGAGGCAAACAUGUACAAAGAUGGAUAGCAUAGAAGCGACAGAGGAACAGCAUCCCACACUGGAUGAGAUGAUUGCCUGGUCACGGAGCUUUGAGAUGAUGAUGCGCUCUCCAGAAGGGAGGGAUGUUUUCCGGGAGUUCUUGCGGUCCGAGUACAGCGAAGAAAACCUGAUGUUCUGGAUCGCCUGUGAGGAACUGAAGAAAGAAAGCAACUCAUCUGCUAUCGAUGAAAAAGCCAGGAUCAUUUAUGAAGACUACGUCUCUAUUCUUUCGCCAAAAGAGGUCAGCUUGGAUUCACGGGUGAGGGAAGUCAUCAACCAAAGCCUGGCAGAACCCAGCAGUAUGAUGUAUGAGGAGGCCCAGCUUCAGAUCUACACCCUCAUGCACAGAGACUCCUUCCCCAGAUUUCUCAACUCAUCUGUUUACAGGGAUCUCCUUAACAGCAAGAGGGCCUGCUUAGACACCUAGGUUUCAGCAAGAACAUUUGUGACGAAAAAGCCCCAAGGUGCCACUUUCAAAAGGUGUGAUGUUUCUUAUUUCAAGAGUGAGUAGUUAAGCAAUUCUGAGCAUCCACUAGUGACCCUGAAGUUCAGUUCUGUUUAAGUGCCAAUAUGAGCUGCUCAGGCAACUGUGACACAGAAAAAACGUGUAGGAAAACUGACAGCUCCAUACUUCCUACUCUCAACUUACUUGUCUUUUUUUCAUUCACCUGUUUUGUCUCUUUUGACUCCUCAAAUCUCCUCUCUAUUCCUGUUUACCUCACCUGUUCUCUUUAUCUCUCUAUGUUCUUUCUACCUGAUCCUUUCCAUCUUUUAUGCCUCCCAUAUCUGAGGACAGCUGAAUAAUGUUAUUAUUUUUUUUUAAAGAAAAUCAAAAAACAAACGGAUAAGCGCCGGUAGAUGUUAAGCUAGAAAACCUUUGCAUGAAACAAGGUUAUGGAAUUUACUCCAGUUUGACAUUUAAGCCCCGGACUACAAUGUUUUUUUGAAUUAAAAAAAAAGAAGGUUUUUUUUAUGCUGUCAUGGGGAGAGAACAUUGUAAAGCUCUCGUAAGCGAAGGGAAAAUUAGCUGUGCCAAUUCUUUUGUAAAAGAGAAACUGGGAAGCGUAAUCACCGUCUUGCCGUCCAAACUCUUUCUUUGCGUGUCGACAGUUCUUUAACUGGGAAACAUAAGGGCUAGCUAGUGUGAUUGGGCAGCUAAAUGAAUCAUGAACAUUUCUUUCUCUCUGCAAAAAUCACAAUGCCUCGACAAUGAGUAAGGGCACAAAAGCUGCUGAUGCUGGUGACGACACAGUUUAUUGUGUGAGUCCUCCUAGCCCCUCCCAGUCCAUAACUAACAGAGAGAAGCACAGGUACUGUAUGUCAUGGGCUGUAAGCUUCGCUGGAUUGACCGAGAAUUGCUUGAAAAUCACUCACCAACGUUCUGGAGGUUCUUAAAAGAGCUUCGAAUUGUCUUACACAUUACAGAAAUGUAUUUUAUUAAACAAAAGUGUAGUGAACACUAUGCCUUGUUUUUGAGAGUUACACGAGAUCUGUUUAAAAUAACUGUGAUCGCCGAGAGCUGCUCGAUGAGGUUGCGCGACGAAGUCGGAUCCAUCAGGGAAACUUUGGUUUCUGUCUGUUUUGCGACGAGGAGCAGUCAUUCUCGGUCAUUUUCACAGCUCGGAAAACGGCAGGUUAUUGAAAACCGAAAACAAGUCAGUCUUUUUUGUAAUACUUUUCUCCAGCAUGCGUUUCUUCUGUUGUGUCAUGUACACAUUGCAAUACUCAACCCAGAUAUGAUGUGAACCUCUGCGGGAAGCAUCAUGUUGAAGAUGAUACUUAUAACAGAUGAUUUCCUUUAGAGGUUUAGAUGUGUGUCCCUCAAGAAUGACAGCUUUUCAGCUCCAUGUUGUUGGAUUCAAACUUGAAUGUUGCUGUUCAAUUUUCUAGACAUUUAUGUGCUAUUGCAAUCGCAGCAGCCAGUGCAUGAAAACACGAUAUUUAAAAUACUGGUGUGUUAAAUCACUCUCUCACCUUUUAGCUGAGUAAUUCAAGAGUGAAUUGCAUUUAAACCAACGUUUUCUGGUCACCAUACCCAACCUCAAAGUGUAAUUUUCCCUGAACUCUUGUGCCAAUGAAUUAACGUUUGUUAAGUAAGUCAUGAUCAAGUGUGUUGUUGUUGGGCUUUCUUACUGGUGCUCUGAGAGUUAAGUGCCAUUCACUCUGCAGGUUUACCACAUUAAAAUGACGACCUUUGUCACUUUUCAGAGUGCAUAGCUAUCCUUCUUUGAAGUAUUUGUGUGUUUGAGCAUCAGCCAAUGUGAGUAGCUCCUUCAUUUAUGUUGUUUUACAAACCGAAUAGUAGUUUACUUACUGAAGCAGCGAACCAUCAUGGGAAGCUUGGCUUUCCCACGUUUCUAAAACAAAAUUAUUGAAUUUUCUUGUUUGUUUUAAAAGAAAAAAAAUUCAUGUCAUUAUUGAAAUGGGCAAUAAAUCAAAAUAGUCUUGCUCUAAAAAAAGAAAGAUCCUGCAUGACACAUGGACAUUUACCAAACUAUCUUUAAGGGGGGAAAUCAGAGGUUGACGAAACUGACACACACUUACUGUAAGUGUUAUGAUAAAUGUCAAUGAAAAAUAAUGUGACUGUAUGACUAUUUCAAUCUGUCAGUGAUCCAGGAAGUCCAACAUCAUAGAGGUUAUUGAAAUUACUGGACAGGGAACAAAGUGAAUAUGAUUAUUUAAGAUUUUUAUGGGUCACUUUAAAGCAGAUAUGGAUAGAUUUUUAAAAAAUCACAAUGGAAGAUAAUCAUGAUGUGUUCAUUUAAGUGAUGAUACAUUUUAAUCAUACCUCUGAAGUGUAUCACUCAAAGGUAUGUUCUUAUUAUUGACAAAAAAAUUGGAGGCAAAUAAAGAAUGGAAAUUAGUGCAGUAUUAUGAUACUGUAUUGUACUGCAGACGGAAUAAUUUAAUAAAAACUAUAAACAUAUCAUAAAAAAUCAGUUUCACAGACAAAGGUAUUAUUCAAAGUAUCAUUCUGUAAAUGACAACAAAUUUGACAUUUUCACCCAUUAUUUAUUAGAUUGCAGAUUAUAAAAGAGCAUGCAAUGUCACAUUUGGUCCCAUUUACAGUGAACCAUCAUUUUGAGAGUAGUUAUUUGUUUAAUUUCAAUGCCUCAACUUAAUUUUUGCUGCUAAUGUUUGAUCCGAUUUCGAGAGUUCAGGAGUUUUUCCACUUGACGGCUGUCACAGUGAUGGCUAACAGCUGUUGAUAAUGAUUUUAUAAGCAUGGUAUGACUUGGAAAAAUAUUCUUUCUUGCCAAAAGGCUCCUUUUCUAAGCAAAUGAAGUGGAGCCUGUGCUAUGUGAUUAUAGGAGCGCCGUCCUCAUGGACGAGGUCUCAUUUUAAUUGGUUUUCCACUACCUCUCGUUAUGCUUAGUUGUUUUUUUUCUCAUAAAGUUAAUGUUUAUUUUGAUCUACUUGAAGCAUGAUACUGUAAUUGAGAUGUAUACCGAGGGUUUACUAAGAAGAGUAGCAUUUUGUUUGUUUGUUAAUUCCUUUCAGCAUAAUUAUGAUAUAUACUCACAAAGAAUUCAGGAAACAUACUAUUUAAGGGCUAAUCCCAUAUUGCCUAUGCAAAUAUCUUAAUUGUCAUAUUGGAAUAAUUAGUGACUGAGGAAUGUUUUCCUGAAAUUGGGUGGAA